UUUACAAAACAUGUUUUUGCAUAAAUAGAAUCAUAAUUAUCAUUAUCAGGGGGAUUUUUGAAAUCCUUUUCAUUUUAACCUUUUGAUUUUUGUUCAACACGUACCAAAUUUUUUGUAACAUGAUCUCGUGCGUACGGCACACCAUUUUUGUAGGAGAACGAAUCUCCCUUUUAUUGUCAUCGCCCAAAGUCUUGGCCAAAUUUACAAUAUGGAACACAAGUUCAAAGCCCGAAACACAGAGGAGGCAAAUGAGUGCUGCUGCUAUGCCAAAUUUAUGCAACAUCUUUUCGGGUGUAUCUUUAACACCAGGUCUAUAUGGCUGUAUCAAGGAUCCCGAGCAUAGUAAUAUAAAACAUCAAAUUCAAAAAUUUACAUGGCAAAAUAAUCAUAAUGUUUCGGUUGAGGCGAUUAAUUAUGGAGCAACAAUUACAAAAAUAUUAGUACCUGAUAAACAUAACAAUUUAGUUGACAUUGUUCAAGGAUUCGAAAGUUUAGCAGGAUAUCAGCAUAAAGAUAAUCCAUACCAUGGGGCCACUAUUGGUCGAGUUACGAAUCGGAUCAAGAAUGGAAGAUUUCAAAUAGACGGUGAAACGUAUAAUGUGUCACGAAAUGUUAAUAAUUACACUCUUCACGGCGGCUUUGUAGGGUUUAAUAAGGUUAUAUGGAAAUCGCACAUGGAAGGAUCUCGAUUAAUUUUGACUUAUUUAUCAAAGCACGGUGAGGAAGGAUUUCCUGGAAAUUUGUUAGCUACCGUUCAAAUGGAAUUGCUGGAUAAUAAUGAGUUUAUUAUUGACAUGUCAGCAGUGUCAACAUGCCCAACACCCGUAAACAUGACUAAUCAUACAUAUUUCAAUUUAGCUGGCCAUGAUCAAGGACCUGAAGAAAUGAAGAAACAUCGCAUUUCAAUUAAUUCAAAUCAAAUCACAGAAACAGAUGAAGAAAAUAUCCCUAACGGCUGUAUUAAGGAUAUUAGUAAUACACCUCUGGAUUUACAAGUUCCAACAUCGAUUGGUUGUGCAAUGAAAAGAUUAAACGAUGGUUUUGAUCAUAAUUAUGUAAUUCGAGGAUAUGAUCCAGCAAAAUGUAACGAAUGCGUAACAAAAUUUAUGGCAUCUGUGUGUCAUCCUCCUUCUGGUCGUGUUAUGGAAGUAUAUAGUGACCAACCUGGACUUCAGUUUUAUACCGCCAAUGGAUUACAACCUGCAGAUGAAGAUAUUUGCGAUUUGGAUUUACUGGGCAAACAUCAUGGACCAUAUGUAAAACAUAGUUCAUUUUGUUUGGAACCACAAAACUUUCCAAAUGCUAUGAACAUUCCAUCUUUUCCGAAUUCAAUUUUGUAUCCUGGAAAAGUUUAUCGCCAUUGCAUCUCCUUUAAAUUCCGAAUUCAAGAAUAAACCAAUCUUUUGUAUCUAAAGUUUAAAACGAUUUUAUAAUAAAGUUUUCAUAAGAA